GAAGAUCAGACCACCUGAAGUGAUGGGAGCUUUAAGCAUCCAUAUCUAGCAUAUCAUUUCUGACUACCAAAACCUUUUUGACAGGAGCUUAGGGGUGGGAUUCACGGGAAAUACUAAAUUCGGAAUACAUAGCUAGCAUACAUAUACUCAGGUGAAAGUAGCCGCUAGAGCAAGGAGGCACCACCGCCUUGAAACUUAUUAUAGCGAAUUGCCUUAUAUUUCUAUCUUGCGUGUUUAGUACUAACUAUUCUAACUAGGGAGUUCCUUUUUUUUAACAUUAUUACACGUGGUGGACCCAAAUAAAAGUUUUCCGGCAGUAUCGCUUUAGACUGCACGCCUCUAGGGAAGAUGUCGUCUUCAUCGUCCUCUAGCACCUCUGCAGAGGCGAUUACACUGCAGCUUGGGUCUGCUGCAAAUUAUGCUGGCGCUCAUUUUUGGAACUUGGACGCGGCUAACUACGAUGCGGAGGAGUCUGCCGAUCGGCUUUAUUUUGAGGCGCACGAUGGUCGCUGGUUUCCCCGGUUGCUUGCUGUCGAUGAUAAAGGCGCCUGCGGGACACUGGAUUGCGCGGAUUUGAGUGGAGGUCGUGGAGAAGGCGGUGGUCCCGCCCAAAGCAGUAGUGCUACCGGGUGGGACAAUCGUGGUGCAGGGUUAUUUUCUGAAACACAACUUCUUCACAUGGAUUCGUUUCCAGUGCAGCGCAUCGACCAGGAGCCGUUGCGACAGCAUGAGUACAACCGUUAUAUGUUCCAGCAAGGUGAUGGUGCGGACAAUGGUGACUCUCAGUCUGACGUCGACUUGUCUGAUGCCAAUGAAGACGUGGCUGAGGAUCUUCUCGAAGGGAACUAUAUUUCUGGUAGGCAGGAGAGGUUGCUUUUUGAUGUGAGAGAACAAGCAGACAACGCUUCAUCGAGAAGGCGUCGAAGAAGGGUUGAGGUUUUCGACGGAGACAGAGCAACGAGCGUAGCAAGGAGUCCCUCGUCGACUUGGGAAAGAGUGGAGGCUAUUGGCAGUUCCGGUACUUUCACCCAAGAAACAACAAGUCGAAAUUGUGGACGCCCGAUCCGAUUUUGGUCCGAUUACUUGCAGCUUGACUACGCGCCACGCUGGACAGUCUUCGAGCGCCCUCAGUAUGCGGCAUCAUCCACAUCCUCUAGCCUGCCUUGUGCCACUUCGGGUUUCUCGCGGGAUGAGAUGACCGCACUGCAGGACGAUUAUUUGCGCAGACUUGUGGAGCGAUGUGACCGUCUAGACACGGUGCACCUCGUGGCAGACGCGGGACGGGCAGAGUACGCCAAUUUAGCUUUGGACUUAGCAGAAUACUGUCGCCAGGAGCAGCCAAAAGUUUGCGUUGUCGGUUUCGAGACUUUUUGCCGUGAAGGUCUGGGGCAAGAUUUAACUAGUAGCAGUGGUGGCGGGCAAGAACAAGAUAACCGUGUUGAUAAGAAUAUGCCAGAGGACGUCCACAUAGGCGGGGGUGUGCAAUUAGAGCAUCGUUUUCACUGGCUUGACGUCGUUCGCGGUCGCUUUUACCAGCGAGCAAGGGAACAGGGCCUUCUCGACACUCUCUUUUCUUGUGAAGUUCCUUACGGAUGUAAGAGUAAGACGGGAGGCUUAUUCUUCGAGGAGACAGCCGAUUUGGCUAUGGCGAUGCAUUUAGCGAGAACCAGUUUUACCGGGAAGAAGUCGUAUUUCACAGCACGCGAGUCGACUUUUUGGCGAUCCUUUGAAAGUAGUUCUUCUUGGGCGAAGGAAUUUUUUCUUGGGGCUGCCAACUCAGGAGAGCGAGCGCAGCUUCGUCCUGUGUCUUCUGACAUUAGGUCCUUUUCUGGCUUUGCGAAAUCUAGCGGGGAAAUGUCUUCAACAUCACGUCGAGCUUAUCAACAGAGCAGCAUAGGGGACAGUAGUUACAAGUUUCUUGAGUCACUCUGCACCUCAUCUGCGAAAUGUUUUGUGCCGGGGAAAACACAUUUCAACGUUUUUCAACCACCGUUCGCGAUUCUGAACCGCGGGACGCUGUCAACGGUUGGAACGCAGGAUCCACUGGCGUUUUUAAACUCCUUUUCCUCCAACUCAAGCGGGACGGACGUACAGAUACAGGAAGCGCAGAAGCGAGUAGGUGCGUUUCUGCGAUCCGAGUUACGGCCUCUAUAUCUUCCGCGCUAUCCCUGGCCGGGCUCCUCUCGCAGUGCGCAGCAUCGUGAUCAGGACGAGUUGUCUCCUUCACCAAGAAGAGAAAGAACACCACACACUUCGCAACCUUUGGAGGAAACUUCGGCGACGUUGAUGUUUCGCGGGGCGAAACUUGAGAGUCUUAGUGUAAAGGAAAGCCUCAAACGCGUGCGACAAUUUCCAGAAAGCGGUUUGGAGGCAGACGAGCUCGCUGAGGUUCGUGAAUGGUGGAACAGACAGGACGAAGUGUAGGGCAAAAGGCACGUCUUCUCCAACAAGGAACGACAUGUGCGUAGGACUGCAAGGUCUCAGAGCGUGAAUUUCAUCAAGUCAGCAGGAUGCAUACGCGUUCUUGCUAUUGACGUCAGUAUUUGCUCUCUCACUUCCAGUCCCAGGAUACCCAGUGACGAAAAAGCGUGCCUAACGUAAUAGGAAUCAAUCAAUCAAAAUCCUGUUAUUCAUGACAGCACUUCAACACCCAGAUAUAUCUAUGAUCCCUCCUUGUAAAGAUCAGCUGGCCGUAUGUAUCUUUUUCUGGAUGGACCCAAACCCAAUGUUCAUAGAAACAACACAUCUAUUCCAUUGAAUAAUCGAU